ACUAGGAAUUUUGCAGACAACAAAGUUGACAAAAUGCAAGGCGGCUUAGAUUCACGAUGGAAGGUGUUACUUGGUUUAAUGAUUCUGUCCUCCUUUAUUAUCAUACCAUAUAUAUACGUGUCAUAUGAAAUCAGGCCAUAUGCUGACCCUACUGCUGGAGAAUGGCCAAGUCGUCUACCUAUUCACCUUGAUCUAGAUAAGCUAACAGAAAAGGGAACUAAAGAAAAGAUUAUAGCACUGGCUAAAGUCAUUUACAGCGCAAAGAAACACGUGCGUGGGUCUAAGACUUCAGAUUAUUUGAAUAAAGCUAUUCAUAUUAUGAACAAUAUUCUUGGAGAUAUCAAAGUGGAUUCUAAAAAUGUGUAUGAAAGACAAAGUGUUAAAUCUAAACAUAUAUGUGGAGAAAGUUAUAAAGGUGGAUUUCACGGGUUUCCAAUGUUUUACGAAGGGUUUAUCACUGACAAAUGUUCUUAUAGUGUACCGGUUUCAGAACUGGUAACUUUGGUUAAAUAUGUACCAAAACCAAGUGCCCAAGAAAGUUUAACGAUUGAACUUGACAAAUUUAUUGCCUCAAUCAGAAGUGUUUUGAAAGACUCUAAUAUCUUAAUAGCUGUAAAUUUAGAAACAUUCCCAAAUGAUCUGGAAACAAAAUACAAGGGCGUAAAAAUUAGUUCAUCUAAAUAUCAAUCUGAGGGAUCUGCACUAAACAGUUUAAUAAAAGAUGUAAAAACUCCAUAUGUCAUAGCUACAAGAAAUAUGAAUAAAUUCACAAACGACACAAUGUUAGAAAGGCUAGUUAGGGAAAUAGAAAGUAUAGAUGUGGUAGCUGUUGGUGGCGCGUUUCGGGAAACAAAUGGUUAUUGGAGAAUAGGCUGCUUCCAGACGUAUUAUAGAAAUUACACUUUGAAGUAUAUGGAGGGAUAUGAUGAUUCAUUUCAUGAAUGUAUGUUUUGUGAUUAUAUUCAAGGUCCAUUUCUUACGACUGCUAAAUACUUGAAGGAAAACGAAUUCAAAAGUCUUGAAGAAAAUAAUGGAUUAUAUGAAGACUGGUUCCUCAGAAUUGGCCAGUCAGGCCGGGAAACAAUUGUGUGUCCGGACAGUAUGUUCCAUGUUAGCAACCAGAACAUAAAGUCGAGUUCAAAUUGGAACGAGUUUGCGAAAACUUGGGAUGUUUUCAAUAUCAAUACAGCAUCUGGUGAGACAGUUACUAGAAGUUGUGAAAACGUUAAGAUAGCAAUAAAUCCCACGAAAGUAUUGUCACCCUGCGCAUUGAAAGUAUACAAUGACGCUACCAAAGUCAUUAUGAAGAAAUGUGAGGAAAGCGGAACCAUAUGCGAGUUGCAAGAAGGCACUGCGUUAGGGGCCGCCAAAUUAGGACAAAAUAUCCAAUGGGACUUAGACUUCGAUUUGCGAUUUUCCUUGACUAACUGUUCGGCAUGUCAACGGUUCGAAAAAUUAUUAAAAAGUGCUGGAGUAAAUGCUCACCUCUCACCUGAUUGUUGUUCAAAGACACUCAAGUUGGGUGACCGAAAAAACUUUGGCAUUUCCUUUAAGGGUAGAUAUGGUGACCUUACUGGUCAUCCUGUAAUGGACAGCCAAAUGCUUUUUUCAAGUGGUAUACCUCCUACAAAACUAUUAUUUCAUGGACAAUGGGCAAAUGCCCCGAGAAACCCUGGAAUGUUUUUGAGAAAUAGAUAUGGUCGAGAGUUGUACAGGCAUGCUGAUCACUGGAGGCAUACAGGACAUACAAACCCUCGACCGAACUAUACAACAAAUGUGUUUAUACCUUGCAAAAGUCCAGGUGCACAUAAUUGUUUAGAUAGAUACAACGGUGAUGGAAACAUACAAUUUACAGUGAUGCUUCCAUGAAUUAUCAGUUUUAAAGUGAUAUGACCCCUUUAACACACUUACAUCAUAUACCAAGUGUUGUAUAUGUUGUAAAAACUGACAAAUAAGUUUUUGUUGUUUAUUGUCGUAAGACCGUAGCAUUAGAGAUACCAGGAAAUGCAUGCUUUUAGCUUGUAUAGGAAAUAUGGCUUGACAUCUUUUAUACAGUAUUAGCUGUAAUAUUAAUGUUAGGGUUUUCCCUUGUUCAACAUUUGUCAUAUUCUACUGAAUAAAGUGGUCAUUAGGUAAAAAAAGCUUUAUUUCAUAAUUCUUCACUUUCUUAUAACGAUCACAAAAAUACCAAAAGUUUUACUGUCCAAGGUAUUAUGCAAUCCAAGAAUACCCACAGUCAUAUCGAAAGAAAGAAAGAAAGAAAGAAAGAAAGAGAAAGAAAGAAAAAAGAAAGAAAGAAAGAAAGAAAGAAAGAAAGAAAGAAAGAAAAAGAAACAUUUAAAAUAGCAGUAUUGUUCAGUCCUGUAUCACGUGUUCGGGUUCUUAUACCAGUAUGUCCAAGACUAUCGGUGGGUAAAAGUUAAAAGUUGACAAUAUCCCUUUGUGGUUAACAGUUGACAAUAUCCCUAUGUGGGUAAUAGUUGACAAUAUCCCUAUGUGGGUAAAAGUUGACAAUAUCCCUAUGUGAGUAACAGUUGACAAUAUCCCUAUGGGUAACAGUUGACAAUAUCCCUAUGUGGGUAAAAGUUGACAAUAUUCCUAUGUGGGUAACAGUUGACAAUAUCCCUAUGGGUAACAGUUGACAAUAUCCCUAUGUGGGUAAAAGUUGACAAUAUUCCUAUGUGGGUAACAGUUGACAAUAUCCCUAUGGGUAAAAGUUGACAAUAUUCCUAUGUGGGUAACAGAUGACAAUAUCCCUAUGUGGGUAAAAGUUGACAAUAUCCCUAUGUGGGUAACAGUUGACAAUAUCCCUAUGUGGGUAAAAGUUGACAAUAUCCCUAUGUGGGUAAAAGUUGACAAUAUCCCUAUGUGGGUAACAGUUGACAAUAUCCCUAUGUUGGUAAAAGUUGACAAUAUCCCUAUAACAAAAGUAAAAAAGCUGAGAUAUGUCUUAAGAUGUACCAAUUAGUUGUUGAAUACAAGAUCACAAAAUUGAAUAAACAGAAUGCCACCCUGUUGACCACCUCAGCUAGUUUGCAUAAAUCCACAGGGUGUCUGUCUAUAUACCUUUUUAUCAUCAUAAUCAGAUUAUAUAAUCAGUUCCAGUCUUACGGUAAAAUUCAUUAUUGAAUCGGAGCAUGCAAAGCAAAAUUAAUCUAAGUUUUUAAGUUAAAAAAUAAUUCUAGUACAUAAACUUCCAAAUCGUAAGGUAAUACUGCCUGUAAUUAUCAAUCGAUUUGAACGUUUUUACUGAAAAUUAUCCAAUACCUAAAGUAUUUUUUAAAGAAAAAAAAUAUGCUUGGUUAAAAGUUUUUUAAAAAUGAUAAAAUGGAAUUCCUUUUGUCUGUUGUGUAUUGACAAUUUACAUGAAUGUACACUAAAGUGAGUUGAAAUGAGUAUCCAUGGAGAUGUGGAAGGUGAUGGAAUAAAGGGUUAAAAAUGAUCUUAUUUCCAAGAGUUUUCGGAAUAUUUUAUGAAAGAUACUGUUAAAAGCAGAAAGAUUUGUUUUUAUUAUUAUUUUAAUAAGUUAUUAUAUUGUAAUAUAUACUAUUAUUAUAAUUGUUGUUUUUCUUUUAGUUAACUAAAAUCUGUUACUGGACCAUAUCAUUGUGAAGAAAUAGUACAAAGUGCGUAGAUCAUAUAACAACAUUGAGGCGUCUUUAUAUUGUUAUAUUUGUUAUAUCAAAUGUUUGUUGAAUAACAUGUCAAUAGAAUUUACAUUCAGAAUUAAGCAAUUAAUUCAGUAAUAUUUAUUUAAAGUAAAAUAACAAACACUAUAUUAAUGCAAAUUUAUCCUUUCUACAAGGAAACAAAAAAUAUAAUGAUACAACAUGUUAUGGCUAUCACAUGCAUAUCUGAACAAAGUAAUGCGCAUACGGCACAGCCUAUAUGGUGUCAUAAGGUAAUAAGGUAUUUAAUUUUGACUGUUUAUAUUUAGCCAUGAAUCAACCAUUUACAUUAUUAAUUAAGAGUAAAUUUAUCAAUUUUAUUAUGAUUCCUAAAAUCAAUUUUGUUCCAUUUGGAUUCUAAAUAUCAAUUUAGUAAUUUUUUUCCCUAUACAUUAAUUCAUUAAUUGUAUUUUAUAUUUACGAUCAAUUUAUCACUAUAAGUUGGAUACUCGUCAGUCUGUUCUAAUAGAAAAGUGCACAAUGCAGGCAUGAAUCAUGAUCACACCCCCCCCCCUCUAUAUGUCUAUGUUAAGUCCAAUAUCAUUUUAUUCAAUUGUAACCGCCUCCGUUGUCGAGGGGUUAGAGUCGAUGACUCUAAUCCAGUUACCUCUCUGGCGUGGGUUCGAUCCCCGGGAGAUGCUUUGGUAGUUUAGCGCGGAGGAAGGUAGUCUAGUACUGGUGUAACUCUCCAGGAACGAUGGUUAGGAAACUACCCGCCUAUAUGACUGAAAUACUGUUGGGAAAAGGCGUAAAAUGAAACAAACAAACAAACAAACAAACAAUCAAACAAAUAUUCAAUUAUACGCCGCUCUAUAUAUAAGUAGUGUUUGUAAUUGAAUUACAGUAGUUCCUUGAAACACCAUAUCCAGAUCUGUAGUAUCUUUGAUAAUUUGUGAGCUUUUAUUGGCGUUUCAAAUUUUUUAAAUUGUUUUUUAAAUAAAGCAUCAGAUAAUGUUGUUUUUAGAAAAGUUAAAUACAUACUAGCUUUAUUCUUCUUUUAUGUUACAGUUGCUGAUAUUGUUUUUAAAAGUAAAAGCAGUUAUAUUUUUAGAACAUUUCUGUGUGUUUUCUAAGUUUAAUUUUGUUCAACAUGCUGUUUGUCUAAAUGCUACAGGUAUUCAAAAUUUAAUUUGGAAUGAAUGAAUGUUAUAAUAAAUGAAACCAACAGUAUAUCUGAAUUCUAAACAUUUUGAAGUGUACAAUCUUAAUGUGAAAAUAGCAUAUCAUGUGAUAAAAGUUUUUCUUUUUUUAAUGUGGUUAAUAUCAAUACAAUGAAAAUGUUUCUGAACUUUGUUGUUUGUUUUUAUCUCAAUGAUGUUGCAUUUGCAAUAUCAAUAAUAUUUUGUUUUGUUGUUCAUUUGCAAGGCUCACUAUUUCAAGUAAGAGUUCAAAUACAACCCUAAAAUGACUGUUCAUGGCUAUUCACAUUUCACUGCGUUGUCUUGAUUUAUAUUAUUGUCUUUUUAGACUAAUAAACUGUAUUGAUCAUGAUCAGAUUCCAUGCUAUGUGCCUAAAUUAAUGUGGAUCCAGACUAUUCGUUAAACAACCCAAUUUUAAGUUACGUCCUAAUAAAUAUGACUUCAGUAUAAAACAGUAAAAUAGUCAUUAUUCCACUCUGCUGUAACUUCUAAAUAUCCUUAUAUUUUUAGGGUCAGAUUGCUGUAACUUGUUACAGCAUACGGGUUCUUGUAUCUUCUUUAAUAAAAUUUAUGAUUUGGUGAUUUUUCAUUCUUUUGUUUUUAUUUUCUAAAAAAAAAAACCUCUAUAGGAACUUAUUUUUAAUUCAAAAUGUAAAUCAUUCUGCACACGUAGAUAUAUUUUAUAUUAAAAUUGGUUGAGUAAGA